AGAUAAAGAAAGAGCUCAAAAAAUAUCGGACAGGCUCUGUCCCUCUCUAGGGUUCUUUCAUUUUUGGUGCUUCCAACGAGGUCUAAAGAGGUCAAAUAUAAAACUAUAAAGUUUUUUGUUUUUUUUCUGGUCCGUAUUUUUUCUGGUCUGUAUUUUUUUUUUUAAUUAAUAAACUAUACAAGUAUAGAGAUCGGCCAUUUUCUUGGAGAACAGGACCCAGUGAGUGAGAAUUUGGGAGAGCUCUUCAGCUAAAUUUUCGAGUCAGAAUUUCGAGGCUUGACCACUCCAGAAGCUCAUCUUCAUUGGGGUGGUUAAGUUUCUGCAACUUUGAUUGGUACACUGGUUUGAAAAUGAGAACAAUAGUCCGGUCUAUUCGUCAAUUUCGAUCAGCUUAUCGGUGGUAUCAUGGUGAUAGAUUCUUUAGUGGAUUUGUGAGAAGGCAAAAGGAUUUGGUGGAUGUCAAUCUUGGGUCUCUUCACAAACUGGUCCACAAUGCUGACAUUUAUAGACACACACAUCCUUCCUGUAUGAUCCAGAGAGCUCUGUUCUCAGAGGUUGCUUUUGGAGAAGAAGGCAGAGCGGGGCCUCUGGUUGAGUAUGAGCGUAGAAUUGCUGCAGGUGAACUUGUGGAUGGUGAUAGUUGCCAGAUAGGCACCUUAAGAGAACUUCAGAGACUGUAUGAUGGGCUUGUUGAGUCAGCUGACACCUGCCGGUUGGAUCGUUAUGCUUCUUCAGAUAAAGCUGGGAGGAGUAGGUGGUUUUGGUCCCGUUUUAUGCCACAAUCUUCAUACUCACCUGUGAAAGGACUUUAUCUUUAUGGAGGGGUGGGCACAGGAAAAACUAUGUUGAUGGACUUGUUCUUUGAUCAAUUGCCCUGCAACUGGAGGAAGAAGAGGAUCCAUUUUCAUGAUUUCAUGUUGAAUGUCCAUAGCCGCUUGCAAAAGCACAAAGGUCUGGCAGAUCCCCUUGAAGUUGUUGCAGACGAGAUAGCUGAUGAAUCAAUUUUGCUCUGUCUUGAUGAAUUUAUGGUGAAUGAUGUUGCUGAUGCAUUGAUACUAAACCGGUUAUUUGGACAUUUAUUCAGCAACGGGGUGAUUCUUGUUUCUACUUCAAAUCGUGCCCCAGAUAAACUUUAUGAAGGUGGACUGCAGAGAGAUCUUUUUCUACCAUUCAUUUCCACUUUGAAGGAAAGAUGUGUAGUUCAUGAAAUUGGUUCUUCAGUAGACUACCGCAAAAUGACUUCGGCUCAGCAAGGUUUCUACUUUGUCGGGAAGGAGUUGUCAGGUUUUUUAAAGGAAAAGUUUCAGCAAUUAAUUGGUAAACAUGCAGCAGCUGGUCCGCAAGAAGUGGAAGUCGUUAUGGGAAGGACAUUGCAUAUUCCACUGGGUGCUAAUGGAUGUGCAUAUUUUCCUUUCGAGGAACUCUGUGACAAACCUCUUGGAGCUGCAGACUAUUUUGGAUUAUUCAAAAAAUUUCAUACCCUGGCUUUGGAAGGUGUGCUUUUUGGGCUCGACAACAGGACAGCAGCAUAUCGGUUUGUCACUCUAGUAGAUGUGAUGUAUGAGAAUAAAGCCAGAUUAUUGUGUACUGCGGAGGGGACUCCUCUAGAACUUUUUGCAAGGAUUGUUACAAUCUCUGACGCCCAACAAAUGGCUCCUAGAACCUCUUCUAGAUCAAGGAAAAAUGAUGUUGUUGACCUUUGUGUGGACAAUGAAUUAGGAUUUGCAAAAGAUCGCACCAUUAGCAGAUUAACAGAGAUGAAUAGCAGAGAGUACUUGGAGCAGCAUGCUGCCAUGUUAGCAGAGAAGAAGCCCUUGCAAGAAGUUGGCAAUAAGAAUGCCCUACAAGCAUGAUACAGAAGGAUACCUUCGAUACUGCCUGUAAUCAGUAACUGGCGCCACUAAUAAGAUUUUUGUCACAUACCGCUAGAUUCUGCGAUACUGGCGACAGUUUUGGUGCCAGACCAGAUAUAGAUAUAAUAACUAAAGCUGAUAUUUUGUUAGCUAAACCAAUUGUAUUUUGUUGUUUUGUAAAUUCUAAACUUUUUGAAGAAAUGUAACGAGUCUUGUGUAUCAAUUAUAUUUUGUUAUUUAUAAAUUCUUAACUAUUUGAGGAAUUGUAACAACAGUUUUUGUGUAUGGAGUGUUGUACAAGUUAAUAUUUUUUUGCAACAUGCUUGUUGUAAAAGUUAGUAACAGUUUUGCAAAUUUUUUCA